UCAGACUGUGAAAGCACAGUGCGUCUGUGCGGAGCACUUACAGUUUUUUAUUUGCUAACUUACAUUUUAAACAUGGCGCUGAGCAAAACGUUCGGUCAAAAACCGGUGAAAUUUCAGCUUGAAGAGGGUGGAGAGUUUUAUAUGAUCGGUUCAGAGGUGGGGAAUUACUUGCGUAUGUUCAGAGGUUCACUGUACAAACGGUACCCAUCGUUGUCAAGGAGGCUAGCGUCAGUUGAGGAACGGAAAAAAAUAGUUGCAUCGUCACACGAUCACGGUUACACAACUUUAGCCACCAGUGUGACGCUGCUGAAGGCCUCUGAAGUUGAAGAGAUCCUUGAAGGUCACGAUGAGAAGUAUAAGGCUGUCUCCAUCAGCACAGAACCUCCAGCCUACCUCAGAGAGCAGAAAGCCAAGAGAAACAGCCAGUGGGUGCCCACCCUACCCAACAGCUCCCAUCACCUUGACGCUGUGCCCUGCUCCACCACCAUUAACCGCAACCGCCUUGGCCGGGACAAGAAGAGGACCUUCCCGCUCUGCUUUGAUGAUCAUGACCCAGCUGUGAUCCACGAAAAUGCCUCUCAGGCUGAGGUCUUAGUGCCCAUCCGACUUGACAUGGAAAUAGAUGGGCAGAAACUGCGGGAUGCCUUUACGUGGAAUAUGAACGAGAAACUGAUGACGCCAGAGAUGUUUGCUGAGAUCCUGUGUGAUGACCUGGACCUGAAUCCACUCACGUUUGUUCCCGCCAUUGCAUCAGCCAUCCGCCAACAGAUUGAGUCUUACCCCACAGACAGCAUAUUGGACGAGCAGACAGACCAGAGGGUCAUCAUCAAGCUGAACAUCCAUGUGGGGAACAUUUCUCUGGUGGACCAAUUUGAGUGGGACAUGUCUGAGAAAGAGAACUCUCCAGAGAAGUUUGCCCUGAAGCUGUGCUCUGAGUUAGGCCUGGGAGGAGAGUUUGUGACGACUAUUGCAUAUAGUAUUCGAGGCCAGCUUAGCUGGCAUCAGAGGACCUACGCCUUCAGUGAGAAUCCCUUGCCCACUGUGGAGAUAGCCAUCAGAAACACGGGCGACGCUGACCAGUGGUGCCCCCUGCUGGAGACGCUGACGGAUGCGGAAAUGGAAAAGAAGAUCCGGGACCAAGACAGAAACACUAGGCGAAUGAGGCGGCUUGCUAACACAGCCCCGGCAUGGUAGAGGGAAAACAAAAACAAAAACAAACAAAAAGACUGAGUCAUCCAUGAUCUCCCACAACUUGAAGAGUGACAGACCGUGACACAGACAUUCCCCCGGUCAGUCCAGAAGACACACUUCUCUCAUUGGCCAAACCUCUCCUCUCCUCUGUUUUAACUGUUCAGUGCAUCCUCCUCUCUGCUCUAACCAUGUCCCUCAGUGCCUCCCCAGCCUGAGAGACAAGACCGGACAUGGAUGUUGGAUAAUGUGAGAGUAUUUUUUUUUUUUUUUUUUGGGUUAUGUUAAAUCGU